ACAGGUGGUGCCUGUCUUUAGCUCCGCCUCCUCCUCAUAGUGAAAGUGAAAGUUUGUGCAGCUGCUCAGAGUGACCGAGCCUUCACGGAGAGCAGACCGAUGAGCGGAGCUGUAAACGACCAUGGCCUCCAUUAGAGACUUCAUCUUCAUCUCUACCCUUGUCGGAGCUGCACAUGCUGGUUUUGUCAGCGUGGAAUGCAAGACUGAGAAUGUGGGGCAGUUUGGCCAGCAGGUAAUGGUGGACUGUGUGAUCCAGCUCAAACCGGAAGCAGCCGACGCAGAAAUCAAAGUGGUCAACUGGAAGAAGAACGGAGACGACAAGCCCUUACUGCAUUUUUACAGAGGGGAGUACCAGAGAAGCAAAGAGCGCUAUUCAUUCGCCGAGCCGUCCUGGAACAACGCAAACAUGAAUGUGUCCCUGCUCAUCAAGGACGCUGCUGUGGAGGACGAGGGGGCGUAUACAUGUACCGUGGUGACAAACAGGGGUGAUGGCUCCAUCAGCACCAGCCUUGAAAUCAGAGCCAAGUACAACAGACCAACUGUGACGUCCACCCCAGAGAGACUCACCGGAGACACCGAUGGCGUCCUGACGUGCACGUCUGAAGGCGGCUACCCUGAAGGUAAACUCCGCUGGUUCGACGAGCACAACGCGGAGUGGACCAAGAGCGCCGAGAUGCAGGCCGUGAAGAUGAAGGACGGUCUGUUUCGCCUCUCGAGCAGCCUGACUCUGCUGCGAGGAUCCACCUUCUCCAAGUACACCUGCAUGGUGUACAAUCACAGUGGAGGCAAAGAGGAGGAGUUCCUAUUUGAAAUAAACCCGCACAACGAUCGUCAUGAGCGGGGACCAGAAAAAGAGAUGAAUACACCCUCUAAAAUUGUCGCUCCUGUUGUCGUCAUCGGGUCUCUGAUCGUCGGAUUGCUGAUACUGCUUGUCGUCCGGCGAAGGCGAAACAGACAUGAACCGGUCUCUACAUGCGAACCCCUCCGUGCAGUGGAAAGAGAUCAUCCGGACAUCAUCUGUGAUGUAGAAAAAGGAGGCAGCGAGCCGUGAGGACGCUGUGUGACGCGGAUACACAAACUUUCAUCAAUCAACCCUUCCUGUUUGUGAAAUCCCAUCCUGUCCUCGCACCUUUGCAUCAACUGUGUGUAAAAGAAAUGAUAACAUGUAUCACUGUGAUCUAUCAGACCAACUAAGCUCUUCAUUCACAUGCUAAAAGAACUACGUAAACCCUCUAUAUGAAUGUAAAUGUAAUGUAAAUCUAAAGAAGCAAAAGAUCUCGACUGAUUUUGAAUCUGCUGUGAGCCUCAAACAGUGACACGAGGACAGCGAGAGGAGGAAGAACUUGGUUUAAUCGUCUGAUCAGCCCACGCAGUAACCGUAACUUCUGUUUCUCACUUCCUGUUUUCAUAUUAUGUCAGUGGUAGAGGAAUCCAAUCGCUGUGGGCGUGGGCGGGGCUUGUGUUUGUUUGGGCGAGAUCUAUCAGGUAUCACUGAUCACUUGAUUGUUACAGUUUUGUUGUCAACAAAUCCCAUGAAAAGUCCAGCUCGGUACUCUUUGACUUUCCCGCUCCAGACGUUCUUUGCACAGCUUCAGCAGACCUGAAGUAAAUUUUUAAUGCGGUGAACUGACAGACGGUGUAACUUUGGGCUCCGGGUCGGAAGAAGUACGUAACACUAUGACUGUAGCUGCUGUUAGCUGACGAUAGCCUCAGUUAGUGGGCUGUGAGCUCCGAGCACCGGGGGAGUGUUAGUGUUCGUACCACAGGAGAUUUGGACCACCGGGAAGAAGAAGAAGUUUCAGGUCCGGGUUGGGGUGCGGAGCUGGUGUUGUGCCAGAACUGGAGCUGGGUUAACAGGAAAUGUUUGUUUUUUUUGUCUUUUCAUGGGAUUUGUGGGAAGGAGGGAUCAUGUAGGACGCUUAUCUUUUAUUUUUUUGUUGUUUUUUAAAAUUUCUGCUUAGAGGAAAUGAUGAAGUGUUCUUUCACUGUUCUCUGUUCACACUUGCAAAUUUCAUUUCCUUUUUCUAACCACAGAGAAACUUCACUUGAUAGAAGUUGGUUGCACUUCCACGUGUCACAUGUCAUUCACAUUGAUAUUUAACAUGAUGUAUAAACCCCCCCACACAUGUUCUGGUUCCUCUCUCUCCGUCUUUACCAUGACUGUAAGUUUUGGCACUGGAAUGCAGCUUCAUUGCCAAACCGGCACUUAUCUUCUGAGAAAAACACCUGAGGAGAUUUUUCCAUUCUUCUCCUGAUCUGAUGUGGGAUCAGAUUUCAGCCUUAUCUUCAGGUUUCCUGGUUUGGGUUUGAUAAAAGGAGCAGGUCACGACACGGCGUCCUGCUCCACGUCUGUACAUGAAAAACUAAAGUUAGGUGUGCCCCACAAAAAAAGACCUUAUCAACCAUCCAACAUGUAUGAUUAAUCUCAGCUCGAGUUAAUCAUCGACUUGAUGGAUGCAGGAAAAACAGUUUGACUGUAAAUAUAUAAACGCGCUUCAUAAACACUUUUUUUAUUUUUGUAAAUCUGUGAAAAACUGUAAUUCUGUGUGGAUUUAUUUUGUUUAUAUGUGAGUGACUUUUUACCAUGUACAUGUUUUUAUGAUUAAUAGACACUGUUUUUAAUUAUUGUUUUUCAUGAAUAAUUAAGACAUUUGAACUGUUCAAUAAAACAAAGUUUGAGCCGACAAACUGAA